AUGGCAGAAUUACCGGCUUCUCCCCUCCUUGAUCUACCGACAGAGUUGCAACUGAUAAUCAUCGACAUGCUUGACUAUCCCUCCAGAUUAUCACUUUCGCAGACAAACAAAUACCUUCGGUCUUUAAUUCCCACACAACCUCCCUCCACACCACAAUUGAGAAGACAGUAUCUCUGUGAUAAGGAAACAUGGCCCGGAUACCAAGAGUACUUCGCCUGCAGUCGCUGCCUCCAACUCCUCCAUUACUCCCGUUUCACCAGCGGUCAAGUGCGUGGGAGACACGCCAAGUUAUGCCCUGGAAGGUACCUUCGUGUUUGCAUUGAUUGCAAAGAGCAUGAAGGGAACCGGAACCACGACCAUAACCUGGAUGAAGUAUUGGGCCAAUUGGUAAACGUUGGUCUAAGGUCUGCCCAAGUGAUGAUGCCGAUUCCCCCUCAUCUCGCUGUGCCUCCUGCUAAUCACGCUGUGCCUCCUAAUCCCGCUGUGCCUCCCCCUAAUCCCGCCGUGCCGCCUUCUUAUCCCACGAUGCCCCAGCCCAAUCCUGGCAUGCGUCCUGCUUAUCCCACAAUGGCUCCUCCUUAUGCUACAGUGUUUCCUUAUCCCACAGCGCCUCCUUAUCCUACGGCGCCUCCUGGGCCAUACGUUAACUACUAUAACGGUCAUAGAGGUAGCUUUUCGCCGUGGUGGCCAUACUUCCCGUCUGCUGGCCGGCAGCCAUAG